AUGUCAGACCAUCCACAGCCCGCACAGAUGGGCCACGGCUACGGCGAGACGCCUGAGCAACACGCUCGCCACUCCAGCAUCCCUCUAACGAAACACUUCGGCCUCCCGCCCUACACGGAAGCCGCGCUCUUCUACAUCUGGGCCUUCUCAAGCUGGCUCCUCGAAAUUGCGGCGUCAGUCUGCGGCUCAUACUUCUCCACCGGCGAUUACCGAUUCAUUGCCACCGCGACGCCAUGCAUGUUCUGCAGCUGGGCGGCGUGGUUACAGACCGCGAUUCAGAUGAUGCAGAGGGCGAGCUGGGUGCGGGACGAGAGUAAUCUGGUGGAUCGGCGGCGGUACCUGUACUUGGCUGUGAGGCUGCAAAGGUUGAUGCUGCCUACGGCUUUGAUCGCGCUGGUGACUUUCAUCGUGGCAUACGUGAGGAGAAUGGACACGGAUGAUGUGGGAAACUGGCUGUUCUUCUUGCUUGUGUUCAUCUUCAACAUCGUCGGCUGCGUGAUGAACGCAUACAACAAUAUCACCUGGGAGUCCGACCGUCUCGAGUACGAAGAGGGCUCCAGCCCGUACGGCAACACUCUGCUGUCCAUCCUUGGUAUCCCGAGUGAGCCAAGCAAGGAACAAGAAUACAAGGAGUGA